UAAUUCGUGCAACUAACGAGCCAUGCAACGAAAAUAUACAUGCAUAUAUAUAAGAUCUCCACGCUAACGAGCUCAACGUUCAGUAAUCGAAAAAGUCAACAACGGUGAAUCUCUCUCUACCCGAGAUGAAGACUAUACUGAUUGCUCUCGUGCCUGUUUGCUUCCUGCUCGGUGAAGUAUUCUCAGAAGACAAAUACACGACGAAGUACGACAACGUCGACAUCGAUGUUGUCCUCAACACCGAGAGACUUUUGAACGCGUACGUGAACUGUUUGCUGGAUCAAGGCCCCUGCACCCCCGACGCUGCUGAACUGAAGAGAAAUUUGCCCGAUGCUUUGGAGAACGAGUGUUCACCUUGCAGUGAGAAACAGAAAAAAAUUGCGGAUAAAGUUGUGCAAUUCUUGAUCGAUAAUAAACCAGAGAUAUGGGUCCUUCUCGAGGCAAAAUAUGAUCCAACGGGAGCUUAUAAGCAGCAUUAUCUUCAGAAUCGAGUUAAAGAAGAGUCUUAUUAAAUUAACCUCGUAAUUCAAUGUAAUUCAAAUUCCAAUAAUGUAUAAGUUUGGAAUGUAUAAAUAUGUAAAGAAUCAUUGAUAACAUUAAAAGGAUUUUCUCCAAGGAAAAGAUUGCAUUAAAGGAACAAACAAGUAUUAUUUUAUCCAAGAAAUUAUCAAUUAAAGUAACUUUAAAAAAAAAGUCUUUCGAAACGAAUUUUAAACACUUUCGCAGAUUUAUUAACAGUUAAAAAAAACUGUUCGCUCGCGAUCCAAAAUUUCGAAUUCAUACUAAUUUGCAUACGAUUAGCAAAUACAAUGUAUUACAAGCCAGAAACAGCAAUUAAUUCGGGGGCCGAUUAAACAAAGUGAUUAAUGAAUCCCCGACUAAUUUAUCAACUUCGAAUAGAAAGACAGGGAUCCAAUUCCGGUUAAAAAUGGAAUCGACUAUGAUAAUAAAGACGAGUCGGAUGAAGAAAGAGAAGGAGGAAUGCUUGAAAUUUUACUCCUUGAAAUCCAUCAUUAUUCUUCUUCUGUACGAUCUUUGACACGUUGAAUAACAGUUGUUGUUUUUCGCACGAAAGAAAAAAAAAGCCAAGUUGUAACUCGAUUGAGAUCCUUGACAAGAGAUUUUAUCCAAGAAAUUGCAAUUGCAUUGUGUUCCUUAUCACACGGUUAUGUACACAGCUUUGUAUUACUCAAAUUGAUUAAUAAUAGGUAGAGCAUGACCAAGCUAUAAUUUGCGAUCAAUCGCACGCCUGUUACGAUAAUGAAAACGAUCGAUUCAAUUGCCUACGUGAUUUUUCCUGUCUCGUUACUUUAUCGAUCACUGGACCGUGAAAAAGGAGAAAAAUCUCUAUCUUUGUUGAAGUUUUUGAACCUUUAUGUAACUUCCAUCCUCGAUUUCUACAGGAUGAUUAUUAAAAAUCAUUCUCAAGAUUAUAAAAGAUUAUCUUCACAUUACUUUUUUUCUUUUUUUGCAUUGUCUCGCACAUCAAAUAAUGUAAAAAAAACUACUUGUACAUUCUUUUCAAGACAUCGAUACAUUUCUUCAGAUUUUUUUUGAAGAAAACUUGUCACGGCGACUAUUAAAAUUUUACGUGAUUCUUUUAAUUAGGAAAAGAAGAAAAAAGAAAAGAAAGAAGAAUUAUCUUAUCCAAUUCUCCCUUCCCCCUCUUCCCUCCCGUAUCGAACACGUAAUCCGUAAACAGCUUCCUGCCGCUACCGUUCACCCUAUCGCUCCCCACGCGCCUCUUUCUUUUUCACCAAAAGAAAAGGCGAAAAGAAAAGGAGAACAUUGUAGUAUAAUCUCGUGCUACAUUUUGUGGUUUAAAGUUACCGAAAAUAUCCCGUAUCCGGACAUUCAAGGAGGCUAUAAAGCAGCCUCCGUAACCACGUGGGUGGUCAAAUCCCUAGGACGGACUCGCAAUCCUUUGCUGCUUUCUUAGAAGUCCAAGAUUUCCAAACGGGACAAAGGGGAAAGAAAACGAGAAUAAUAAUAAGAAGAGGAAGAAAAGAAAGAGAGAAAAAAGAAAGGAAAGGAAAAAAAAAGGGGGAAAGAAAAAAACAGAAGAGGAAGACAAAAAGGGACAAGUGUGUAACGGACGCGUGACUAGAAACAAAGAAGUUAAAAAAAAAAAGAAAA